UUUUAUCUUUAUAAAUUCCCAAUUCAAAGUCAAGUGUGAAGACAAUCAGGAGAAAAUUUUAAAGAACAAAAAAAAACUCCUCACAAUUUUUUUUAAUUCACGCACAAAUAUUCUCAAACGCUAAUUAGAUAUCAAUAAAAUAUAAAAAGACAAAAAAAAAAAAAAAGACUGCGCUCGCUCCAGUUGCAAUCAAAAAAAAUCAAAUGACUAAACAUUUGUGACCACAGUGAGGUCAUUUUAUUCGUUAGCCAAAAAAACUCAAUCAAAAACACAUAAAAAAAGAGACUCCUUCGAUCGUCAAAUAAAAAAAAAAGGUUUAAAGUGCUUCAAUCAUGGACGACACAAGCUCCACAACAACAAAUAGCCACAGCAAUGUUUUAACUUCCACAAUCGAAGGAAACAAUUCGGCCAGUGAAGAAUCGGAUCAAGAAUUCCUCGAUAAUACAGUUGAAUUGCGAGGCUAUUUAAGUAAAUGGACGAAUUACAUUUAUGGUUGGCAACCAAGAUAUAUUGUUUUAAAGGAUGGAACAUUGUCAUAUUACAAAAGCGAAACAGAAAGCGAUUUUGGAUGUCGUGGAGCUAUAAGUCUUAGCAAAGCUACAAUUAAGACCUAUGAAUCCGAUGAGUUACGUUUCGAUGUAAUGGUAAACAAUUACAAUAAUUGGUGUCUUCGUGCUGAGAAUCCAGAUGAUCGUAUGCAUUGGGUUGAAGUUUUGCAAUUAUAUAAAGAAGAAUCAACUAGCACAGAUACACAAUCAUUGCGACGUCAUGGAAGUACAAUGUCCUUACAAUCAAAUACAUUAUCAGCUGCCAGUGGUAGUAGCUUGAAGAAAACACAAAGAAAUCUUAAAGAAAAAGUUGGUGAAAUUGAAACAUUCAAAGAUAUUCUUUUUGGGCAAAUUGAAACAUUGCAAAGAUAUUUUGAUGCAUGUGCUGAUAUAAAUAAAGCAACAGGAAAACCACUUGAUCUUGGCGAUGGAUUAAAACCAAUAGAUUUUAAAGGUGAAUCAAUAACAUUUCGUGCUACAACAGCUGGUGUUAUAACCACACUUCAACACUGCCUUGAAAUAAUUGCCGAACGUGAUGAAUCUUGGAGGAAAAAAUUAGAUAAGGAGACUGAAAAACGCCGCAAAACUGAUGAGUUAAAUAGAAAGUACAAAGAUGAAAUUGAAAAGUUAAAGAACAUCUCAUAUCCAGGUCCUGAUUUUGAGGAAGGACCCAAUUCUACUCUACCAGAAGAUGAAUUCUUUGAUGCUGUCGAAACAGGUCUGGAUCGAAUCGAAGAGGACAUGCAAUUGAGAGUUAAAUUGAAACUGCAAUCGCAGUUAUCACAAACCCUGGUAAAUGUACCUCAUCAGGCACAGAAUGAGAGCGAAGAUGGACAGGAUGAGUUUGGAUCAGGAACCAUUGCCAGGCAACAUGAACUUUGGCCAGAAAUUGAUCGAGUAUGCAAAGAACAACUACACUAUGCCCGUGAAGGUGUUGGUCAAGGUGGAAAUGGUUGGCAAAUAUUUGCCGAUGAAGGUGAAAUGAAAAUGUACAAACGUGAAGAAGAAGUUAAUGGCAUGGUAAUGGAUCCAUUAAAGGCAUGUCAUGUUGUCAAAGGUGUAACUGCCCGAGAGAUGUGUCAUUAUUUCUUUAUGCCAGAGUUUCGAAAUGAUUGGGAAACUACAUUGGAAGACUGCACAAUUUUGGAGAAAAUUUCUCCAGAAACAUUAGUAUUUUUGCAAACACACAAACGAGUAUGGCCAGCAAAUCAGAGAGAUGCAUUAUUUUGGUCGCACAUGAGAAAAGUUACAGAUAAUUUGGAAAAAGAUGCCACAGAUGUUUGGAUUGUUUGUAAUAAUUCAACUGAACGAACUGGUUACCCGCCCAACACUGGAAAAUGCAUUAGGAUAUUCCUUACAGUUAUUCUUGUGUGUCAAACAAAUUUGACACCGGGAAAAACAAAGAAUGAUGAACUUACCAGAGAUGAUCUGACGUGUAAAAUUACAUAUUGCUCAGUUGUAAAUCCCGGUGGUUGGGCCCCAGCAUCAGCACUGCGAGCAAUUUACAAACGUGAAUAUCCCAAGUUCCUGAAACGAUUCACUCAUUAUGUGAUAGACCAGUGUAAAGACAAACCUAUUAUGUUUUGAUAUUUGAAGCUCGUAAUUAAAUUGGUUUUGUAUUUAUAAAAAAAAAAAACAUGAAAUGAAAUGAAAAAAAAAAACAUCAAAUACCGUUAUUGUAAGCCUAUUUUAAUAAUGUAUGUAUAUGUAUUUGUUUAAAACAAUUCAUUUUGUAAUAGCUUUUACUUAUGUUUAUAAAUAUUUACUAUUUUUAUACAAUUUAUAUUAAAAAAAUAUUUAAAAAGAAAACAUAAAUUGUUUGUUGUAUGUGUUUUUCUUUUUUGUUAAUAAACACACACAAAAUAAACAAACAAAUUGAAAAAAAAAAAAUAUCACAAGGAACUGUUGCACUAAACUAAAAUUAAUUGUUUUUUGUUUUUGAUUUUUUUUUAUUCAUAAGAACUGUUUUUUUGAAUUUUGAAAUUGUUUUUUUUUCUUUUUUUAAUAUUUUUUAUUCAAUAAAACGUUUAUAUAUUUUUAACGAUGUUGUGAGUAAAUGUUUACGUUUUUAACUCACAGCAAUCCUAAGUGUCUUUUUGUAACUUACACAACAACAUAAAAAAAUAAUUAACAUGUUUUAUAAUAAAGAAAAAAGAAUGUAUAUUUAUCAUUAAAAUAAAAACAAUUAAAUAUUAAAUUAAAAACAAAAUAUAUGCCUUCCUGUAACAUUGUAUUUUAAUUUUUUUUAAUUAUUAUUCUUUCUUUUAAUUUUUUCAUACAAUUUAUCAUUGUAAAGAAGCACAUAACCACACACACAAAACAAAAACCCCAAUCGUCUUUAUAGAUCGUAGCUUUUUUUCUAUAUGCUAUAAUAUUGAUAGCUUUAUAUGUGAUCAAAAUUAUAACUAUAAUGUAUUAUAAUAAACCAAUUUUUGGAAUUUAGGAAAAAAAAAUAAAAACAAAAAAAAAAAAACUAAUGUAAAAUAAUACAAUUUUUUAAAAAACUAAAAAUUUAUAUAUAACUUGUAUCUCCAUUGAUGAUCUGUAUGUUAUUUUUUUUUUCUGUUUUUGAGUAUAAAAUGUAUAAUCAAAUUAUUUAUAGUUAUAUAAAUCAAUUUAUUAAAACAAAAAAAGAAAGACAAAUAAGUGGAAUCUGUACACAUUAAGAAGAAACAAAAAAAAAAGGAAAUGUUACUCAUGAACUGGACCUGGUUAUGUAUAAAAGAAAAAAGAAUAUAUUAGUGUGAAUAAUAAAUAAACGAAACUAUAAAACUUUA